AUGACCACCACAAAACGUGCGGUGGUGAGCUGGGCUUUGCUGGCCAUUGUGGUGAUUUUGAUGGUCCCCAUGAGAGCUGCAUUAUCAAUCACCAGCGUUACCAUUCUAUCUUCGAUAGUCGUUCUCGUCUUUUGGAAAAUCUACCUGCGGCCGUUUUGGUUUAGUCCAUUGCGACAUCUGCCAGAGCCCAAGGGAGGUACACUUCUCAACGGACAUGUAAAGCUCGUUCCUAAUGAGCGAUCUGGUAUGCCUCUCCAGGAAUGGAUCAAUGAGGUGCCCAACGAUGGUCUCAUCCGAUAUCGUAUGAUGUUCAACAAAGAGGUCCUGUUCGUGACGAGUCCGAAAGCAUUAUCGGAGGUACUAGUUCAGAAAAAUUAUGACUUUUCCAAACCGUACAAACUACGACAGGGAUUGGGGAGAAUACUCGGAAUUGGUCUGAUUAUUGCGGAAGGUGAAGAACAUAAAAAACAACGAAAGUUAUUGAUGCCAGCAUUCCUGCACCGACACGUUAAGGAUCUUUACCCAAUCUUCUGGGAGAAAUCCACCUCAUUGGCUGCCGAGCUGGAGCAGAAUAUUAAGCGCUCCGGACAAUCUAGCCAGGUCUUUGAUGUCGCAGACUGGCUUGCUCGUACAACUUUGGACAUCCUAGGAGCUGCAGGCCUUGGUCGGGAGUUUGACACGCUGCACAACCCUGAUAAUGAAAUCGUUAGAGCAUAUCGAGGGGUCUUCGAGCAGAAGCCGCCAAAGGGACUAUUCAGGAUUCUGAUGUUUAUUGCCAAACAACAAAUAAUAAAUCUCCUAAAUAUUAAACGAAGCGAUAGUAUUGGCGCCGCUACUGAAGUCUUGACUGACGUGUCUCGCCGUUUGAUUAAGGAUAAACGCGAUGAAAAGGUGCAAGAUUCUAAAGACAGCGUCGAUAGAUCGGUCAGGAGGGAUAUUCUCUCCGUGGCUCUCGAUUCUGGUAACUUCACAGAUAACAUGUUGGAAAAUCAUCUUUUGACGUUUCUCGCUGCGGGACAUGAGACGACUGCUACAUCAAUGACAUGGGCGAUAUAUGCACUGUGUCUAUAUCCACACGUACAACAGAGACUCCGGGAAGAAGUGCGCGCAACGCUCCCUGUUGGAACAAUGCGCGGGGCAAAUACGGUCCCAAUCACCGCAGAGUUGAUAGAUAGUUUACCCUAUCUUCACGCCGUUUGUAAUGAGCUCUUUCGUGUCUACCCACCAGCUGGUCUGACAAGACGGGUUGCUGUGAAGGAUACAUCGAUCUUAGAUCAACACAUUCCAAAAGGCACGGUGAUAGCGAUUUCAAUGCGUGCGCUCAACAUUUCAAAGGAACUUUGGGGUGAAAAUGCUUUUGCAUUCGAUCCCGAUAGAUGGAUGAAGCCAAACCAGGCUAACAGUGGAGGAGGUUUGACCAACUUUUCGUUCAUGACGUUUUUACAUGGGCCGCGAUCAUGUAUUGGACAAGGAUUCGCUCGUGGAGAGUUUGCGUGUCUACUUGCUGCUCUCGUUGGAACAUUUGAAAUGGAACUGGAGGAUACCACGUCGGAGUUGGUAAUUGAGACAGGGCUGACUUCCCGGCCCAAGGACGGGCUUAGGGUACGACUACAGCCAAUCCUGGUUUAA